AUGGAAAAAGUAAGUAAUAUAGAAAUGAAAAAAGUAGAUAAUAUAGAAAUAGAUAAUAAUAGAGAAGUGGGUAAUAUAGAGAUGGGAAAAGUGAAUAAUAUAGAAAUAGAAAAGUGGAUUAAUAUAGAAACGAGAAAAGUAGGUAAUAUAGAAGUGGAUAAUAAUAGAGAAAAUAAGAGAAGUGAUAAUAUAGAAAUGGGAGAAGUGGAUAAUAUAGAAAUGGGAGAAGUAGGUAAUAUAGAAAUGGAAAAAGUGGAUAAUAUAAAAAUGAAAAAUAUAGAAAUGGAAAAAGUAAAUAAUAUAGAAAUAGGAAAAAUAUAUAAUAAUAGAGAAGUGGUAAUAUAG